UUUGCAGGCAGGUUUUCUAUCCAAUUCAAGAACCAAAUGCUCUGCUAUGUGACUGACAUUAAAGACAGAAGAAAAAUUAAUUUGCUUCUAUGAUAAGAUCUUUAGGUCAAAAUGGGUGUCGAUAUUGCUACAUAUAGAGGACGGAUUGGUACGUUUAGCCAUAAUUUCGGGCUUGACGUCAUAACAGUCGAGUGCAUUGUCAAUUUUAGCCAGUUAAUGAAAGGCAUUGGCUCCGUUGCGUUCAUUGGCAUUCUUCUCAUUAUUGCUGGUAUUGAACAAAAUCCCGGACCGAAGGAAAAGGAAGAUAAAUCCAUAUACACAAGCGUUUUGAUAAAGGUUCUACCGACCUUCAUCGAGAAGCUGAAUUUAGAUAAAAUCUUGAUUAAUCUUAUGACGAAAGGCACACUUUCAACCGACCAGCUGAAGGAUAUUUCAAAAGAGCAAACGAUAUCAGACCGUAUGGGCGCUUUUGUAUCUGAAAUUAGUAAAAAUGGUGCAGAGGCUUAUAACGUAUUAAAGACAGCUCUGAAAGAAUCGGACCAAGAAAACCUUGCAAAUUACUUAGGAGAAGUUGAAAACGAGUUCACUUCUACAGACGGGGACGGCGUGAAUUCAAAUGUAUCAAGCUUAUCAGCAACUGAAAGAGUACUGCCACAAGAAGAAAAAUCCAUACAUACAAGCGUUUUGACAAAAGUUCUACCGACCUUCACCGAGAAGCUGAAUUUAGAUAGAAUUUUGAUUAGUCUCGUGACAAAAGGCAUACUUUCAACUGACCAACUAAAAGAUAUUACAAAAGAGCAAACGAUAUCAGACCGUAUGGGCGCUUUUAUAUCUGAAAUUAGUAAAAAUGGUGCAGAGGCUUAUAACGUGUUAAAGACAGCUCUGAAAGAAUCGGACCAAGAAAACCUUGCACAUUACUUAGAGGAAGUUGAAACUGAGUUCACGUCUACAGACGGGGACGGCGUGAAUGCAAAUGUAUCAAGCUUAUUAGCCACAGAAAGUGUACUGCCACAAGUUUCUGCAAACGAACUGACCUCAACAGCAGACCAGGUACAAAAAGGCUCAGACAUAUGUUACGAAAUAGUUGACAAAUCCCAAAACACAAAAGAGGACGCAGCUGUAUCAUGGAAUGCUGCUGAACUAAAACGUAUAAUUACCGAACUCGGUUUGACUGAACAGAUUAAAACAAAGAUAACGAUUUCAGAAGCAAUCCAAAUGGACCUUUCCGAUGAUGAAAGUAAAACAUAUGAAUAUAACGACAUACCUUUCAUGUUUCUACAAAGGCUUUUGUCUGGUAACAGUGAUGCUAUGGAUUAUGAGUCUUAUAACACCAGGAAAAACAUUAAUUCAAAAUCAAGAGGAUCAGUGCUUGAUAUGUAUCAGCGCAAAGAAAAUCGUAAGAUUAGCCCGUUGGAUUUAUUUUUGUUAGUUUUUCAAUGUUGUGAUCCUAUGCUAAAGCAACUCUUAUUUCAAAAGCUUUACAUCUGUAAACUUGCUUUACCCUUUAUCUAUACAGAGUACCCAUCCACAAAAUCUGUUAUGUCCGUUUGGCCACUCCGUUCACUUGUAGUUGAGACUAGCGAUGGUGUAGGUAAAAUGGAAGAAUUUGAGUUACUUGACCUACCGAUUAAUGUCGUUUCUUUUGCUCGUUUUGGAAGACCAAACUUUUCUAAAUCUAAUCUUUUAAAUGGUUUUCUCUGUAAUAAAGGGUGCGACACAUUCUUUCACAAAGAUCGACCAUUAGGUAUGAGUACAAGGUAUUGUACAGGCGGGUAUGUUGAAAUGUUUGUCCUGCCUGUAAUGUCUAGGGCCAAAAGUAAUUUAAAGCAGCCGGUUUUGCUUUUAAAUUUGAGAGGCGACGUGAAAACAGAUUUUGAAGAUCCCGUUUGUGAUUUCAUCUCCAGAAUUUCUGAUGUGAUAGCAAUAAUUAUUGAUUCGAAUGCCUUCGGCAUAUGCAGCACUUUGCUAGAAGAAACAAUUAAACGUUUUUCAACAGUUUUAUUGAUUUUUAACGGCCCUUUAGGUCCACCUGAUGGCGAAACAUUUCGAAUGUUGCAAACAUUUGUAAGAAAUGUCAAAUCCCGCCACAAAAUGUUGCUGCAGAUUUUUUCCACAUACUCAGAAAUCGAUGAAAAGAAUUAUACUGAUAUCAUAACGGAAACGCGAGAAACAAUAUCUGAAUUGCUUUUUAGUGAUUCGAUUGUCACUCCACGAUCUUUACAAGACAGAUUAGGAACAUCGUCGAUAGAAACUGACGAAAAUGAGUGCUGUAAUGAGGCGUGCAAAUCAGCUAACUCUAUCAUAGAAUUAAUGGAUAAAAUAUCUUCACCAGAUAAAUGGGCUGAAAUUGUGACACCAAUUCAAAACACUACUUCAAAAGAAUUGGGUGUCUGUGUAAAAGCAAGUUAUAGAAAUAAGGACAGUGGCUCAUUUGAAGUCAUUAGAACUAGGAUAUCAGAGUUAAGAGAUCUUCAAGAAUCUCGCAUAUCUCCUUCUAUCAAAUCAUUUAGCCACUGUCUCAUCGAGCAUGAGAAUGACCUGUCAUACAUUCAUUAUCUUUUAAGUUGGAUGAAGAUACUUUUAGAGCGCCGAAAGAGAACCUGUGCCAGAGCAGUUGUCAAUCAGUCAUUUCGGUGUUCUGAAGAUAUAAAGGACGGAACAGUCACUCCGAAGAACAGUAAUUCUACGUACCUUGAGAUUGAUCAUAUCUUCCGCGAAAUUGGGCAUAUAUCCGAUUUUGCGAUCUGCUCUAAAACAGAUCAUAAAGCUAUAGGUCUUCCGCCAAUUCCGGCCUUGGCUAAAGUUGUUGCAACUCUAGUGGCAGGCGGAUGUACAUUGGAACUGCUCGACGGAAACAGCUUUUAUUUGCCGACUGAAUGGAUCAAAUCAGUACUAACACACAUCCAUAAACUAAUAGGUGAGCAAAACGUUUUGGCUGUCUCUGUUUUAGGAGUACAGAGUUCUGGAAAAUCCACUUUACUUAAUUCUAUGUUUGGUUUAAAAUUUCCUACAAGUUCUGGCCGAUGCACAAAAGGAAUGCAUAUGCAGAUUAUUAAGGUUAAGCGGAAGAGUAUCACCGACCAAAGGAAACCACCAUUUGAAUAUAUUCUUCUUAUUGAUACGGAGGGCGUAAGAGCACCAGAACUGUUUGACACACUCGACACUGGGUAUAGAAGGGACAAUGAAAUGUCGACGAUUAUUACCGGUAUUGGGGAUAUUUUAAUGGUAAAUGUUAUGGGCGAAAAUUCAAGCGAAAUGCGCGAUAUAUUGCAAAUAGUAUCACAUGCCUUUUUGAGGCUGAAGCUUGCAAAUGAACGAUUAAACCUUCUUAAAUGUUGUUUUUUUAUACAUCAAAACGUUUCUGAUAUGCGAGCCUCUGCAAAAUUGAAACAAGGCUUGCAACAGUCAGUAAAAAAUCUAGAUAAAGCAACAGAAGAAGCAGCUUGUUUUGAAGGUAUCUCUGGCAUUACUACAUUUAAUGAUGUAAUUGAAUUUAACCCGGAAUCACAUGUCUGGUACUUACCUAAUGUUUGGCAAGGUCACCCACCUAUGUACACUGUUAAUCAAAAAUAUUGCGAAAAAGCGGUAGAAUUAAAGCAUCAUUUAGUGGAUAAAUCAAUCAAUAAAAAAGGCAUGUCGUUUAAAACUCUCAAGGAUACUGUUUUGCAUAUAGAAGAUUUGUGGAAAGGUGUUCUUGCUGAAAACUUUGUUUUCUCUUUUCGUAAUAGCAUUGAAAAAAAAGCUUACUUUGAACUAGAACAGAAAUUGAGGGACGAACUUUGUUCUUUAGAAUGUUCAUUCGAUAGUAUUAUAUUUCAAAAGGCGCAAAAUGAUUUUGCUCGGUGUGACAAUGUUUCUAGUUUAAUCAGAACGAAUACACAAGUGAUAUCGGAAAUGAAACAGUUAAUCAUAAAGGUUAAAAAAGAAACACUUGAAAAUAUGGAAAAGUUCUUCACCGAACACAAUUACAAAGAUAUAAUGGUAAAGUGGAAGGAACAUUCUAUGAAACGUAUAAACAUAUUUUGUGUUGAUGUGGUUGCCAAUAGAAGGCCUGAAAUUGAUAGAUUAUGCAACAAUAGAGAGGUUGAUAUUAAAAUUAGCACACUUUGCAUAAAACAUGAAGAAGGCCUUCGACGAGAGUUACUAAAGCUUGAAAAAGAACUAGUGGGAAAGGAUAUUAUUAAGGAAGACGCAAAUAAAAAAUUUGAACAAGUAUGGAAAUUAUUUGUGGAAGAAUCGUUGGGAGCAGAUAUCUCAUCGAGUUUUGAUCCAAAAGAUUCAUUGAAGGAAGACUUUCUUGAUUGUCUAAGAGACAUGUACGAAAAUCACGAACCACAGUUACAAUCAUGUCUAGCAGACCAUAAUUACUUAGAGAAAAACCUUGAAAUCAAAAUGUUGUCCGGAUCAUUUGAGAAAACUGGAAUUCAGACAAACGAUAUAAGCAUCUUUUCAGGAUUCGGCAGAAGAAUGAAAGAGGUAUUCUUAAAAACAGAUUUUAACAGUGCAAAAGAAGCUGUGCAAAGUAUAUUUGUUUUUGUUGAUCAUCAAGUCGAACAUAUUUGUCAAAAAAAUCAAACGAUAUCAUAUAGAGACGUAAGGCAAUUUCUAAAUACUGUUUUGGAUUCGAUGAAAAAAGUCAAUAGACAGAAUAAGAAUUCUUUCACUUUUACAAUUACAGGUAUAUUAAAGGUUGUCGUUCACGUGAGCUGCUAUUCAUACUUUCGGUUUAAAGAGGCAAAUUUUGCACAUCGGCAAUCGCAAGAUUUUAAUGCCCGCUUAGAAAAGUAUAGAGAAAUAGAACGAGAACGAUUUUUAGCACAUUUACUUAAGCGCAAAUCUGAGGAUACUGCCGCUUGUUUGAUGCGGCAUACAAUCGAAAAUUAUCUUCGUGUAGAAAUGAAAGAAAACAUAUCAAUGAAGGUGAAAAUUGCGUUGAUGAAUAAAUUGCCGUCACUGAAGUAUAUACUUCUGAUAGAAAUGUUAACAGAUUUGGUAAGGGAGAAAUCGUUUGACCAUUUUAUGCGAUACAUACUUAGCCCAAAAGGUUAUGCCGAAGCUUGGGUUGCACAAAAGGCUGAGCAUACUUUGUUUUCUGAGAAUUUGUAUGAAAAAAUAGCCGGCACUGAAAUUUCUAAAUAUCUCUAUGACAUUGAAGUGAGCCUCUCUGAAAGUAUCAAAAAGUUUCCAGGAGAUACAUUUUCCAUCAAAGAAUGGUUUCAACAUUUCAUAUCUCUUCUAACUGUAUUAAAACUUCCUAAAGACUGUUUUCAUGACGUUGAGAAAGAGUUUGAAGUAAUGGAACGUGUAUGCGUGCCUGACUUCAAAAAUAAGGUCAUUGCAGAAUUAAAAAACACAGAAAAGGUUGUCCUAGAUGAAUUUAAAUCAACAACUAAAGAAACAGUUAGGUGGAGCGGGUUCAAUCCAAUAAAAGCGAUAUUCAAAGACGUAUGGGGCUGUCCCGAUAUAUGCGUUUUUUGUGGUGAACCUUGCAUGCGCGGAUAUGCACAUGAAGAAGUAAGUACCCACACAUGCAUACAACAUAAGCCACUGGGAUGUUCCGGAGCGUUUGAUCUGAAAAACGGGACUAUACUUUUAAAAUCAUGCCACGUUAAUGUAAUGGGAGAUGCAGAGGCACCAUGCGCCAUGAUCGAUUUUAAAUGUAACCCAAAAAAGAGAACACCAUGUAAAAAAGAAUUCCACCCAUUCAAAUCGUAUAAAAUGUUUGUUCCUGAAUGGGAUAUAGAACCAUCAAAUUUUUUGGAUGAUAAGGCAACAUUCUGGAAAUGGUUUAUUGGUAAAUAUGAUAAACAACUGGGCAGAUUUCACAGAAUGGAAGUGACAAACGUACCAGACACAUGGAAACUAAUAUCAGAUCAGGAAGCAUUGCAUAGUUUAAGAGAUAUAUACUACAGCGACGUUGACUGCGAAGACAAAUAUUUGCCAUAAUAUAAAUAUGUUACACUUUAAAUAACGUGUUUGUUCGAAUGAUAAAAUAUGGCACAAACUGAAUACUAUUGCUCUUGAUAAGAGCCAUUGCUUCUCUAAUUAAAUCACAUUAUUCCUUCGAAUCCUUCGUGAAAAUAAGGGCUUAUUAUAUUUGAACAAGUAGUCCAUAAUACUUAUAAUAAGUAUGUAACGUAACGUCUUUAAGUUGUCUAUUCCUUACUCUUUGUUCAGUAACAAUCAUCAAGAGAAGCAAAUAGAAAACUAAAUACAGUAAUGCAUUAUAGAAAACGUAUAUCCUUUUUGAAAGCCUAAUACAAUUCUAAUUAAACAAAUGUAAUAAGAUGUGUUUUCUAAGAAAGCAAGUAUUUCUAAGCAUGUAGACAAUUAACAUAAAAUCAAUUUCUUCGUUUCAAUACCUGUAACAUGGUCAAACACAUAUCCCAGACAGACCAGUACUGCAAAAGGGUAUUGUUGGAAAACACCGGUUCGAAAUACUAAAUUAGUAUGAACCGACUAACCUAAGCCUUAAAUAUGAAUAGAGUGCGAAAUGGACUUUACGUCUACGGAAAUUCCGAAUGUAGACUUACCUUUUUAAUAUUUGAAACAAUGUAGUUGUAGCACUUGUUUAUUUCAUAGUGUUUUAAUGUUUUACAAUGCAACUGUAUUACAUGUAUUUAAAAUUGCCACUGCUAACUGUACACUUGCGGACAUUUCCAACUACAUCUUUUCAUAUUAUAUUUCAAGUAAGAUAUCCAUUCCUUUUUAUAUUUUAAAACUUUGUUAUAACUAGUAUAAAACAUGUCAAAAUGCAUCCCUUAUUCAGUUUAUUUUCAAUUCAUUGUUAUUGAUUUAUUGUUUUGCUUUCAUUUUCAUAAACAUAUGUUUGUUUUUAUUACAUAAUAAACUGAAAUAAUAACAAGUCACCAAUCUACAUUAUCAAAAGUGAAGAAAGAGUUUAGAAGGAUUUUAUUUUUAGAAGUAAAUAGCUGGUUUUAAGAAAUAUCACUUUAUACCAUUCCGCCAGAAACUUUCUACCCAAAAUUUCAUAAACAUUAAGCAACUAUUUACUCAUUUACUUUACGGAAUUCGAAGUUCUAUGUAAAAUGUUCAUUUACUUUUAAAAUUUAUUUAUAACUUUUAUUAAAUUAGAAGAGAAACAUUUUCAUGACGAUUUGGCUGAAGGCAUUACGUCUAAAGAAAUUUGUCAGUUACACUGUAUUAAUGUGUGAAAGUUAUUACUUAUUUGUGGCGAAAAGGUCAGUGUGCUGGGGUCAAAAAUAUCAUUCAUGGAGAAAUGCAAAGCUUGCGCUUUUAUUCUAGUGAUCACUUUUAAUCUUUACUUUUGAUGUUUAAUGUAGGUCGAUAUCACGAACUGUAUUGCAUAUUUAGUUCUAGAUAUGCAUCCGUUAGCUUUUUAAAACUGAUUGACUUUCGUAAGUUUUGUUUAAAGGUAAAACUUACGAGUGAACUUAACAUAACUUAUUAUUUAUCGUUAAACGGCCCAAGGAAAAAUAAAUCUUUUAAAAAAAAUAUGUAUCUGACGUGCAAAACUUUAUACAUAGUUUUGCGAGAUUGUGGGUUAAAACCUUCUUUUUAAAGGCAUUUUUAGCUCACCUGUCACAAAGUGACAAGGUGAGCUUUUGUGAUCGCGCAGCGUCCGUUGUCCGUCGUCCGUGCGUGCGUAAACUUUUGCUUGUGACCAGUCUAGAGGGGGUCUUUAUGAAAAUUGGUCUGAAUGUUCACCUUGAUGAUAUCUAAGUCAAGUCCAAAACUAGGUCAGUAGGUCUAAAAAUAGAAAAACAUUGUGACCUCUCUAGAGGCCAUACUUUUAAAUGGAUCUUCAUGAAAGUUAGUCAGAAUGUUCAUCUUGAUAAUAUCCAGGUCAAGUUCGAAACUGGGUCACGUGCCAUCAAAAACUAGGUCACUAGGUCAAAUAAUAUAAAAAACCUUGUGACCUUUCUAGAGGCCAUAUUUUUCAUGGGAACUGUAUAAAAGUUGGUCUGAAUGUUUAUCUUGAUAAUAUCUAGGUCAGGUUUAAAACUAGGUCAACUGCGAUCAAAAACUAGGUCAGUAGAUCUAAAAACAGAAAAACAUUUUGACCUUUUUAGAGGCCACAUUUUUUAAUGGAUCUUCAUGAAAAUUUGUCAGAAUGUUUAACAUGAUGAUAUCUAGGAAAGAUUCGAAACUUGGUCACGUGCCAUCAAAACUAGGUCAGUAGGUCAAAUAAUAUAAAAAUCCUUGUGACCUCUCUAGAGGCCAUAUUUUUCAUGGGAUCUGUAUGAAAGUUGGUCUGAAUGUUUAUCUUGAUGAUAUUUAAGUCAGGUUCAAAAUUGGGUCAACUGCGGUUAAAAACUAGGUCAGUAGAUCUAAAAAUAGAAAAACCUUUUGACCUCUCUAGAGGCCACAUUGUUUAAUGGAUCUUCAUGAAAAUUGGUCUGAAUAUUCACCUUGAUGAUAUCUAGGUCAAGUUCGAAACUGGCAAAAACUAGGUGAUUAGGUUAAAUAAUAGAAAAACAUUGUGACCUCUCUAGAGGCCAUAUUUUUCAUAAGAUCUUCAUGAAAAUUUGUGAGAAUGUUCACCUUGAUGUCAAGUUCAAAACUGGGUCACGUGUUUUCAAAAACUAGGUCAUUAGGUCAAAUAAUAGAAAAACCUUGUGACCUCUCUAGAAGCCAUAUUUUUCAAUGGAUUUUUAUGAAAAUUGGUCAGAAUUUUUAUCUUGUUGAUAUAUAGGUUAAAUUCAAAAUUGGGUCACAUGAGCUCAAAAAGUAGGUCACUGUCUCAAAUAAUAGAAAAAACAACGUCAUACUCAGUUCAAAACUGGGUCACGUGGGAACAGGUGAGCGAUUCAGGACCAUCAUGGUCCUCUUGUUUGUUUCUGUUUGCGGUCAACUGAUCAACGUAUGGUUACCAAGUUAACUUGUUUACUGUAACUUUUAUCAAAAUAUCUUAUUCUAUGUUUGCAGUUGGCUGUGUGUAUUUUUGCCUAUUAUUGAAUAUUGUAUCUUAACGGUAUGCGCUUUAAGCAUUGAAGUAGUAUGUAUUAUACUAGGCUCUUAUAGACAAAAUUAUAUAUAACUAUUAAUUUCACAUAUUUUGUUAACUUCUUACUUCACGUACAUGUGUAGAUAUUAUGCAAAAAUCAUUGAUAUUUGGUACUAAAUUGUCGGCUAUGGAAAAUGUUGAAUAGUCUUGGUUUCAUCGUCACCGAUUAUGACUGGGUAGAUAUAUAUAUUGAUAACCUUUAGUUGCUAAAUCUUUCGAAAUCAUUCAACAUAUCUUAGUAAGCACUAAGGCAUAAAAUGCUAAAUUUAAAUUGUCACAACUUUCAGGGUCCAGAUUUUUUUAUCAAUGAUCUUCCUGAAGAAAAUACGUUCAGGCCAUUAACCUACAACGUUUUCAUAUAUGAUUGCAUACAUGAUGAUGAAAAAGUUCUUGUUACCACCUAAAGGCUUUAAUAAUGUUAUAGGUUACAUAUUUUGUCCCUACAAAAGAAAUUUCUAAACGAUGUAAAAGUUUUUACCACAUUUAUUUGUGUACUAUAUUGCUAAGUAAUGUACCAUUGUUAUAUUAUUUCAUAUAUCUUUGAUGCUUACAAUUUCCAACAUUUACAUGUCAAGGAGACCUUUAACUUAAUGUAUAGUAUAGAUUGUAAACAAUUUUCAGCAUUGCGAUAUUAAGAUUCUACCGUUAUUUUAUUUUCCUGUUCCUUUAAGUAAAGAUUCCAAAAGUUUACAAUUUCUCUUACAUUAAAAAAAUAAGGUUUUAUGGCUUGGUUUUUAAGCUUAAAUGGAUGAAGACUCUAAAAAUCCUAAAUUAUUAACAAUAUUUCAUUAGUCGUAAUUAAAACUUGAAAGAGAUGUAAACAGUUAUAAUUUUGUUUAGAUUAAAUAGCGGAUAGUAUAUAAUUUAGGUUAACAUGUCUUAAUCUUUAAUCGUAAAGUUUUAUUACAUCUGAGUUUAAGUUGUCCACUCCACAUAUGAUCGAGGAUUGUAAAUGUAAUUCUCUUUUUUUUAAUUUGCACAACAGUGCCUACAUCUGUUCUUGUUUUAUAUAUCCUACUUUUCUUUGUUCAGUCAAUAUAAAAAAAAACAGCUCAUGUGUAUAUUCCUGUAAUGAUAAUAAUUUGUAUCUGUGGUAAGUCUAUUACAAUUCUGACUUAAGAAUGACUAUGUACAUAUAUGUAAUAUUAUAUGUUUGAAUAUUGUGUUGUACAUAGCAGAGACUGAAAUAAAGAAAUCAAUACUAUUAUGUUAUGGCUUUAUUUCCCUCAAACAGCGUCAAAGUUGUGAUAACAUUAUAUAUAUGUAAUGUCUAUUAUAUCAUCAUUUUGAAAUUCGAACUUUUUAUGUUGAUAUAUGUUAUGCAAUAUUGUGUAUUUUGCAUCGUACUGUAAGCUCUCAAACAGAAUGAAAAGACAUAAUUAUGGUUAACACAUUUAUAUAUGUGUAUUUGCACAUACACAUGUGUGAAAUAUUGUAGUUUACUUAUAUAGUUUUAUGGUUUAGUUAAUAUAUAAUUAUCAAUUCACGGUACAAUACUU